GAAGACUUGCAUAUAUCACCAGUACAUACUGAACAGUCGAGGAGGGAACACGUGCACUGUGUUACAAAAUGCACGAAAAAAUACGCGCGUAACUUUUAGUGAUUUAAAUAAAAAAAUAAGUGAUCUAACUAUGUGAUAUAUUACUUAAUUCUUUUUUAUAUCUUAAGUAAAUAACUACUGUGAUAUAUUGUGGUGGACUUUAAUAUUCUGAUAGUUAUUAAUAAAUUAAAUUAAAAAUGGCCAGUGAAAAGAGCGAUUCCACGCCCUUCAUUAAAAAUGGCACAUCGGCGAUCGUCACAAAGACUUCGGCGAAAACUACGAAACCAGGCAAAGAAGGUAGAGGGAAAGCGUUAAGACAAAUCCUCGCUGCGUUCGUAGCUAACUGGGGGACCGUUAACACGGGCAUGGCGUUCGGGUUCUCCGCCACCGCUCUACCUCAGCUGCAGGAUCCUUCUUCAAGUAUACCAGUCACAGAUAGUGAAGCAAGUUGGAUUGCAAGUUUGAGCUCGGCUGGUACACCAAUCGGCUGCAUACUCAGCGGCUACCUCAUGGACACAAUUGGACGCAGGCUCACCCUUAUCGUCACAGAAGUGCCACUUAUCAUAGGAUGGAUCCUGGUUGCCUGUGCUCAAAACGUUCCUAUGAUUUAUGUCGGUAGGUUACUAGUCGGUCUCGGCUCAGGCAUGGUGGGCGCUCCAGCUAGAGUGUAUACUUGCGAAGUAUCUCAGCCUCAUCUUCGCGGUAUGCUUGGUGCCAUGGCGUCUGUAGGAGUAUCUACUGGUGUUUUAAUACAGUACAUAAUAGGCAGUGUGACGUCAUGGAACAUCCUAGCUGGUUUGAGUGCUACGGUGCCGAUACUAUCGCUGUUAGGGAUGCUGUUCUUACCGGAAACGCCCAACUACCUCUUGACCCAGGACAAAACAGAGAAAGCAGAGAAAUCCCUCGCAAAGCUGAGAGGGUCAACUUGUGACUUGCAGGAUGAAAUACAGAAGAUGGUUAAUUUCAAAGAGAAGAAUCAUGUUGAACCUUUGAAGUCCCCGAAGGAGAUAAUAAAAGCGUUAUUGUCUCCGUCAGCGUUAAAGCCCUUUGGAAUCCUCGCUGUAUACUUCUUCAUAUACCAGUGGUGUGGAGUUAACACUAUCACAUUUUACGCCGUUGAAGUGUUUGAGGCAUCAGGUGCACAAUUCGACAAACACUGGCUUACGAUAUCCAUGGGAAUCUUAAGAGUGAUCUUUACAGUAGUUGGUUGCAUCCUUUGCAGACGAUGCGGCAGACGGCCACUGACUUUUGUUUCUGCUAUUGGCUGCGGCUCAACAAUGAUCACUCUGUCCGUGUACCUCUACUACGUGCAGUACUGGAAGGAUAACAACCUCCAGCCCCAACACUCCUGGAUCCCUGUGGCAAGCCUGUACCUCUUCACGAUAUUCUGUACUCUGGGCUACUUGAUCGUUCCAUGGAUCAUGAUUGGAGAAGUUUACCCCACUCAGGUGCGGGGUAUAGUGGGCGGUAUGACGACAUGCGCUGCUCAUCUGUCUAUAUUCUCGGUAGUGAAAACCUUCCCUUACAUGAAGAACGGCCUUCACGAUUACGGUGCAUUCGGGCUGUAUGGAGCUAUAUCUUUAGCAGGCAUGGCGUUCUUCUACGUAUUCCUGCCAGAAACUAAGGGAAGAACUCUUCAAGAAAUCGAGGAUUACUUCUGUGGAAGAACAAAAACGCUUAAGAAAGUUAACCCCCAAACUGAAACUGCAUGAAAUACUAAUGAUAUUGAAUAAGUAUUAAAAUAUACUAAAUCGUGUAAAUCGUAGAAGAAUCCUAGUGGGAUUACCUCAGCAGUUAUACUGAACUAACAGUCCGCCCAAAGUGUAGAAUAUACUAAGAAGUGUUACCAGGUUUUUUAAUUAACUAAAACAUUUUGGUUAAAUGAAAAUAAAAUAUAAAAGAUAGCGAGUGCAAACUAAGAGUUUCUAGAAAUAAAACUGUAUGAGAAAAAGCUACAGGUCCUAAAGCUAAAGCUAUGAUAUGUUUAAUAGCAUAAUUUAAAUAUCUGAGUUAUGAAUUUGUUGACCUAUAGAAUAUCGUCCAUUGUAAAUAAUUAUAUUGAACUGAACAAUGCAUUUGUUUAGAAAGAUUUAUAUUUUCUAUUCUUUCUCUACACCUUGAAAGAGAUAUAUUUAUCGGCGAACAUAUUUUGUAAUUCUGUUGUUGCUUAUGUCGAAUGCAAGUGUAGUUAUAAGAAAGUAUUAGUUAAUGUGUAUUUUUGUAUAUAGUAUAAAAAUAUUUACAAAAUGUAUAUAGAUACGGAGUACAAGUUAGGUACAAAUGGUGCCAUUUGAAAUAAUGAGAAUAAUUUAUUUUUAGAUGUAUUUAUGCUUAAUAUACAAAA